GCGAAGAGACAUGUACCUUGUCUGUAUAGCCAUAAUCUUCCCCCCACAGUCAUUGCAUCCAAACAGCGCAGUGGUUUCAACGGGCUUCCGUAAAUUUGCUGAAACGUCAACAGCCAAGAUGGCGGACUGGAAUCGAGGACAAGGUGCUGUUGACGAUAUGUUGGACGCGGAAAACAAGCUUAUGGCUGACAAUUUGGCGUCCAAAGUUUCCAGAUUGAAAUCGCUUGCCUACGACAUUGACAAAGAAGCUGAAGACCAAAAUUCCUAUUUGGAUGGCAUGGAUUCCAAUUUUCUGAGUGCUACAGGACUGUUGACUGGCAGUGUGAAGAGGUUCUCUGGCAUGGUGCGAUCUGGAAGAGACAAUCGCAAAAUCCUCUGCUAUGUCUCAGUAGGACUGGUCUUUGUCUUCUUCCUGCUCUACUAUCUCAUCUACAGGGUCCAGAACUGAAGAGCUUUAACAAGAAUGGAACUUUAUAGUGUGGCUGGCUACUUUCCUCUCAGUUAUACCAAGAAAGACCAAAUCUAAACUUUUAUUGUGAAGAUUUUGGAUAGGAAAUCAUCUCACCCAUCACCCCCUCUCCAAUUCUCGAUAUGUCUUCUGCUCGAAAUGAAAUACAGUAUGUGCAGAUGUGUAUAUAAUUUGUCUCAGUUAUAUGAGAACUUUCAUUGUAUAUACAAUAUCUAAGUCCCCAGUCAUGUAAAACUGAAUGUUUGCCCCCCCCCACACACACAGAAAAACAACUCAUCCUUACCAGGAUGCAGUUGAAAGCAGGAUAGUCCUUUAUUUACAUUGAUAAAUAGCCCUAGAGAUUGGCAGUGUGUCAAAGAAUGUCCCAGUGCCCUUUUCACAUUACUGAGCCAAGACAGGCAGUACUGACCAUAGGUACAAUACGAGAUUGUCCUCGGUUAUGGCUUAUUCUUGUGUUUUGUAAUAGUAGUUUGAAGACAUGCUCCGGUACUUUGGCGAUUUAGUAAGUAUUUUUUAAGACCUCCCGCUUUGGGCAGGAUGUGUCACUGUGUAGUUCACACAUGCAUAAUCUAUGAGCAGAAUUUCUGUUUUACCUCAAUUAGCCAUGAAAUCCCUAGUUUGAAAGCAACUUUUUUUUCUGGAAACUGACGUAGUAUGCCAUUUUCCAUGAGCGUUACUUUCAGAUGUACGGGCUAAAAAGUAUACAAAAGUACUGUAGAAUCUCUAAGACAUUGCCUAAACUUUAACAAUCCCUUAUUCUGUGAUAUUAAGUUGUCAGCACCUGGCAUGUAAUUAACUGUUCUUGCAUUUCCUAAACAACUACAUAACAUGAUCCUUUUUUCCAGUGAGUUGUAUAAAUCCUUGUAAUGUAUGUGUAAUAAACAUUUUGAUACUACAGUCAA